GCACGAGAUUUGGAUUGAAGAUGCCUCAGACAUGGGCCGCAUUACCGCAGUCCGUAUUUCAAAGGAAACUGAGGUAAAGCGUGUUAACCUGUUGCGUUCGCUUGCCAAGGCUAUGGCAGGGCUACAAGAGAUUGAGUUCAAGGGCGUUGGAAUUCCUGUGUUUACCGAUGGGGAGAGCAGUGAGACGCCCCGCGUUUCUUGUUUAUCUCAGUGGAAGGAUGAAUCCGACCUCACGUAUGAAGACCUGGAGUCUGACACUCAGGUCUACCAGUACGGACCAUUCGCGUCAAGUAUCGAGUAAAAUGCUCCUGGGGCGAGACGAUUGGCCUGAGGCUGAAGAGUGGUUGACGGAAAAAAUUGGAGAGCUUCUGGAUAGCAAGCCCUUAUCACGUUGAAGGGACGUAUGUAGGGAGUGAGAUGUGCUGAUUGCAAGCCUUCAUCACAAACAGCAUCAUGAGUACGGAGACUAAUCAAGGGGAG